ACGCGAGCAUAUGGGUGGUGCAGUUGCCCAAGGCGAUGCGCGACGAGCGCGGGGAGCUGCUGCCAGGCGCGCACGUGCUGGGCUUCCUGCGGCGCGUGUGCAAGUUGCUCUUCCUGCGCAUCCGCCCGCUCAUCGUUUUCGACGGCGCCACGCCCGCGCUCAAGCGCCGCACCGUCCUUGCGCGUUGCCGCCAGCGAGAGAACGCGCAGAUCAACCUGCGCAGGACGGCGGAGAAGCUGCUGCUCAACCAGCCGGAGGUGGCAUGUGGGGGAGGCGCACCUCUGGACCCGGCAGUGCUGCGUCCUCCCCCUACUCCAGUCUCGCAGUCAAGUACGGGGUGAAGGAGCCGUGUGGAGAGGCGCUGCUCUUCCCCUUGGGAGACGACAAGGAGGAGAAUGAGCGCGAGCACAUGCCCCUGUCAUCCUCUCUCAAGGGGAUGACAGCAGCGGUGUAUGCCCUUGCGCCCGACUCCUGUGUGCGCCCAUCACUGCCGACUCACUCGAGGCGUUCGCUCACACCAACCCGCUGCAGCCCAAGACCCUGGCAGAUGUUUUUGUUCAGCACGAGUAAGAGGGAGACACCUGGCAUGUACAAAGUGCUCUCCACCACCUUCCGCAAAGACGCUCUUUUCGCCCUGGUGCAUGAGAGUGAGAAGAAGGUCGUUGCUCAAUUCGAUUCAAAGUUGCCAAGUUCCCCCAC